AUGCAUGAAUAUGGAGUUUUAAGGGAUACUAAAGGAACAUUUGGAUUGGAUGUUUGUAUUGAAUUAAUUCAACGACAAAAAAGCUUUAGUAAUUUAUUAGAAGAUAAUAUGAGAUUAAAAGUAGAUGAAAGCAUUAAAAAAGAUAUUGUUACUGGAUUAUUCAAUAAUAAAUAUAAAUUCAAUAUAUUACCAAAUGAAAAGAAGAAAAAUUUAUUCAAUCAUAGAAUUUCAUAUAAUACAAGAACCGAUGCUUAUUAUGAAAAUGGAAUUACGACUAAUAAAUAUUUAAAAAAAUUAUAUUUAGCUAGGGAAAAAGAAAAAGACGUAUAUGAUGAAACUGAUGAAAAUGAAGAAGAUGGGAAUCAUUCAAGUUCGGGAUAUAUAAAAUGGAAGUUUGAUUACAGACCCGGAAAUUUUAUUAUUAAAACAUUAUCAAUGAAAUUAACUCAAAAUACGUGGCAUGAUGAUGCAGAAAUUAAAAUAUCAAUAAUUCCAUUAGCAACGAGACAAAAUGAAGCGUCGCUAAAUUGGAAUCCAGUUUCAUGUGAUUUUAUUUCUGGGUUAUCAUUAUAUUGGGUUUAUAAAAAAUCAGAUUCAAUAUUGGAUCUUUCAUCAUUUGUUAAAGGCGAAUAUGGUUUUAUUUUAAGAAUUCAAUUAUUAGGAAAUAGUGAUUGGAUUAGGACCUUUGAUGAUGAUGAAAAUUUUGGGAUGGAUAUAAAAGUUGAACUUGAACCCGAUAUUAUAUGUGAAGAAUUAUCUAAAUAUGGAUUUGACAAAAAUGAAAUAAUUUUAAAUGAUCAAAAUACAAGUGAUUUUAUAAUUAAAUUAAAAGAUUCAAUUUUUGAAGAUAAAGAAGUAGUUUAUUAUGUUCAUAAAUCUAUCUUAAAUUAUUAUUCAGAAUAUUUUAAGGGAUUAUUUAGUUCACAAAUGAUUGAAACAACAGAUAGAAUAUUAACCCUCUCAGAAAUUUCUACUAACUCAUUUGAAAAUAUUCUUAACUUUAUGUAUACAGGACAAGUUAAAGAUGUUUUGACCGAUUUGGAAGAAUGGAUAGAUUUACUUUAUGGAUCUUCAAGAUUUAUAAUUCCAUUUUUAAUUAAAAAGUGCGAAAAAUCCAUUUCAAAGUAUGUUAAUAAUGAUAAUGUAGAAGAAAUUACAAAGAUUGUGGUGCAGAACAAUUACUUAGAUAUUGUCAAAAGUUGGAAAGUAAAAAUAGGGAUGCUUUAUAUCUAUUAG